AUGGUUAAAUAAAUCAAUGUUAAAGAGUAGAUUACCCUGCUUGGCAGAGAACCCUUUUCCAUUGAACGAAGGAUGUGGAAGAACAGCCAACUCAACUAAAGCCCUUACAUGUGCGGCAGAGAAAGCUCAAAUCUAUGUACAGAAGGAUUCCCGGAACAGCGGAAGGAACAAUCGAUAUAGAAAUUGAGAAGGAUAUAGCUCCAAUGGAAUCAGCACCAGAGGCUCAGCCAUUGAUGGAGCUGGUUGCAUCACUGGAACACGCAACCCUAAUGGCGAAACGGCUCCCAUCCACCACCGACCACUCUCAGAUUCUCCAAGUUUGCUCCUCAUUUCAGAACGCUCACAAUCAUCUCGUCUCUUUCCUUGCCCGCUUCCACUCUUCGCAGCCUCUCUUAGCCGGAGAUAAUUCCGUCUCUUCGGCCUUUGGAGAGGACGAGCCGAUGCAGGUAGGAGACGAUGAAGAAAUAGAAGCAGAAGCAGAGGGGGAAGUGGAAGUGGAAGUGGAAGAGAAUUCAAUGACCGUCAACAAGGUGGAAGAAAGAAUGAGAGACUUCGUUCUUCAGAACAAACGCCGCAAGCGCCGUCUCUCGCCUUCCUCGAUCGUACCGGCUGAUCAACGGCCCUCCUAUGAUAAUGGUUCGGUUCUGGAGCAGCCAUCGUUUGAUCCGCGAGAGGCUCGUCAACGAUCUCUGGAUCUUGUCUUCCAGUUCCAUGGCUGAUAUGAAAGUACAUAUUCAUGUUCGUCAGACGGUCAGAGUAACGAGAUCAACAGAAGCCUCGCAGCAGCACGUCAAGUCAAUGGCAGAGCAAAUACUGAAAACAGCCUCUUCCUUUGGUUGUGGACGCUUUUCGCUGCUUGAAAUGCUUUACUACAAGAGUUGUGUUGCAGUGGAAGCACAAAUUCAUCAUCGAAAUUUCAGUUUUUUCUUUUUCCCUUGCAUAGGUUUUACUUUUGUGUUGAUCAACAGGAAACCAUUGCGACAUUCUGUAAGGUUAUUAACGUUCAAGAGGUUAAUAUGGAAAACGGCAGUUAUUGAGCUU